AUGGAAAGAGGUGGUGAGAAGACGAGGGGAGGAGACAAGGUACCGCGGUUCAGGGGGAAAGUGACGACCGAGAAAGCGCUGACAGACAAGGCAGCGCCGGCAAGGAACGAGGAGGUGCAGGGCGCAGAGAGGGCGCGGAGCGAGCGGAAGGCCAACGGCGAGGAGAGUUCCCGAGGCAAAGAAACGGUCUCCACCGAGAAGGGGCGGGGUCAUAGGAGGGGGCGGGGCAAGGAACGGGCUUGGGAAGACCACCUCCCCCAGGAUGAGGGGGGAGGGCGGGUCGAUAAGGGGAGGGACAAGGCGCAGAAGCUGAGCGAGGGGCAAGCUACAGGCGAGAAAUCGAAGCGAGGACAGGGGAAGAGGUGGGGCGUGGGGAAGGCGCAGAGGUGGAGCCAGGAGCAAGAGCACAGGCGGAGCCGGGAGCAAGAGCAGGCGAGAAGCCAGGAGCGAGAGCAGGAGAGGGACGUGGAGCAAGAACAGGCGAGAAGCCAGGAGCGAGAGCAGGAGAGGAACCUGGAGCAAGAACAGGACCGGAGCCAGGAGCAAAAGUAG